AUGUUACCUUUACUCAUCGAAAAGCAAUUUGAAACAGGUUGUAUUCGAUAGUUACCACACCGCCUAUUCGAUAGCUGAUAACACUGGCCAAAAAGUGUACCAACAAAGAUCAGUUUGAGCCAUCUUCCGAGGAAACCAUAUUUGUUAAAUACCUUCGUUAAACUUGUAGCCAAGACAAACAUCCACUGGCCGGCACCUGGGCAAAGUUCAUAUUUCGUACAUAACAACAAUGCUGCAUACGAAUCUCUCGAGACUUUUGGCCAGCGGAGGCCCAAAAAGGUUGAUAUCCACCGUCAAUAAGCUGACCACGGUGGAGGUUAACGACAAGACCGGGAUCGCCAUUCUCACUAUGAACCGCCCACCCGUAAAUGGCCUCAACUUGGAGCUGCUGCAGGAUCUAAAGUCCUCCAUUGACGAAAUCGAAGGUAACAAGAGCAGAGGCCUCAUUUUGACAUCUUCCAGUCCUACAAUAUUCUCCGCUGGCCUGGACAUUCUGGAGAUGUACAAGCCAGAUAUGGACAGGUGUCGUGCAUUUUGGUCGCAGUUGCAGGAAACAUGGCUGGCACUCUAUGGCAGCAGUGUCCCGACGGCAGCCGCCAUCAACGGCCACUCCCCCGCCGGUGGAUGUCUAUUGGCCACGUCCUGCGAGUACCGAGUAAUGGUGCCAAAAUUUACAAUUGGGCUAAAUGAAACCCAGCUGGGUAUGAUUGCACCGCAGUGGUUUAUGUCCGCCUUCCUGAGUGUCCUGCCACAGCGAGAAGCAGAGCGAGCCCUGAAUCAAGGACGCAUGUUCACCACAGAAGAGGCCUUGAGGGUGGGUUUGAUUGAUGAGACUGCCAACAGCAAGGAGGAGGCCAUUGAAAAGUGCGCUGCCUUCAUUGGCACCUUUGCCAAGGUCAAUCCUCUGGCUCGAUCGCUGACCAAGCAGCAAUUCCGGGCAGCCGAUCUUCAGCAAUUGAAAAACGGACGCAAGGAGGAUCUGGAAAAGUUCCUGUUCACUGUUAGCCAGCCGGCGCUUCAAAAGGGUCUGGGUAUAUACCUCGAAGGUCUUAAGAAGAAGGUCAAGAAGCAAUAACUUCACUUGAUGGAUAAAUCCUUAAAUUUUGUAAUUUCUAUAAAAUGUAUUAUAUAUACUUUAUUAAAACCAACAACGAUACUGGCA